AGUAAGGGCACAGAGAAAGGGCAGAGUAUAUCCUAAUGAAACGAAGCGUUUUGAAGUUGAGAAGAUAGCAGAAGAAGAAGGGAAGAGAUCCAUUCCAUGGCGUCGUCGUCUUCAAACUGAAGACCGGAGAGAGUCACCGUCGUCACUUUCCGGAGAACAGAACAGAACAAGUGCAUAAGAGAAUCAUCGAAUUUUCAUUCCUUUGUUGUGGUGAUUUAUUUAUUAAACUUGGGUGGUAUUUGGUUAGAAGAUAGAAGAUGAAGCGCAAGCGUGGGCAUAAGAAAGGGAAGGCAAAAGGCAGCACUAACCAUGGAAGCAGUGGUGCUGAUGCUAACAAGGAAGAAACCUCUGGUUUGGAGGUUGACACACCUUCUUCCACGGGGACCGGGAUGGAUCAGCAGCAGCAUUACAAUCUUGCUAACAUAAAUCCUGAUGGUUCUGUUGAUAAGGCUAUUGGGCGUGUUAAGGUGAAGCUCAAGACACCUAAAAUCUUAGACUCCCAACCCACCUCAUCUGAUGCUCCCAGUCCCACACAAAGCGAUACUGAGAGAAUGGAAGAUAGUGCAAAUUCUUUGCCUGAUAUGAAACUCAGUACUCUGUCUAAGAGAGCUGCUAGCAUUAAAAUUAAGUCUUCAUCAAACCACACAUUGUCGGCUUCCACUGAGAUCACCCUCCCAAAAGAAAGAAAGAAUAAGCAGGAAUUGGAUGCUUCCUUAGUGGUUUUAAGGAAGGUAAUGAAAAUGGAUGCAGCUGAACCCUUCAAUGUUCCUGUCAAUCCUGAAGCUCUGGGAAUUCCUGACUAUUUCGAUAUCAUAAACACACCAAUGGAUUUUGGAACUAUAUGUAACAAUCUUGAAAAGAAUGAAAAGUAUAUGAAUUCCGAGGAUGUAUUUAAGGAUGUUCAAUACGUUUGGGACAACUGUUACAAGUAUAACAAUAAGGGUGACUAUAUCUUGGAUCUUAUGAGGCGAGUAAAGAAGAACUUUAUGAAGUACUGGACAGCAGCUGGGCUAUACAGUGAACAAUCAAAAGGGACCAAGGAGAGGACUUCAGCAGAAGAUAUUGCACUUUCUGGUGAUGGAAAAGCAGGGAAGGGUGGUCAAUUGAAGCAGAAGACAAAAAAGCGUCAUGGAAGACACCAUAAACAUGAUUGUUUAUGUGCUAUUUGUGUUCUAAAGCGACGUAGGAAGGAACGGGAGGAGAAUGCUCGAAUUGCUAGAAGCAAUUUUGGAUCUGGUGGUGAUAAGCAUGCUAACGAGUUUAAGCACGAGGAAUCAAUACAAGUAGAGAGUCCUGGUGGUGAGGAUUCAUCAUCAAAUAUAGAUGAAUCUAUGGGCACUGAUGGAGAUGUUGAUGAAGACAAAGGAGAGGUGGCAAAGAUGGAGAUUAGUGAGAAGCAGUGUAGCCCUUCUGAGAGAAAGCAUGUGAGCAUUGAUGUUGAUAAUGAUGAUGACAAUGAUGACCAUGGCCUAGAGGAAGGGGAGGAGGAGGAGAAUGGAGAGGAAGAAGAUGAGGAAGAGAUUGAAAUGAACAGCCAGAAGGGAGAGAUGAAUGAAACUUUAAAACAUGGUGGAACCUUGGAAGAGAAAUCAAAUGUUGGUGAUGCAACCGCUCUACAUGAUGAAUAUAGAACAAAGCAACAAGAAGGACAAUCUGCGGCAGUCCAGCAACAGAAGAAACACAAGGGGUCACAAGAUAAACAGCAGAAAGCUAAGCUCCUUGAGAGCUUAUAUAGUGAAAACCACAAGCUUUCAAGUUUAUGUGGAAUUCUCUUCCCCCAAAAUAGUCAGUCUGUCUGGAGUGGACCACACUCACUAAUACAGAAGAGAAAUUCUGCUCGUACUAGUUCAAUUCACGCUGCUAUUAGGACUUUCAUGGGGUAGCUUUUAUCUUGAUCAGUUUAUUACACUUCCCAGCAGCCUAUGUCAUUAAUAUUUUAGUUGACAUCCCUUCGUUACAUGAUGUGUGUAUUAUAGUCACAAUUUCUUGGUAGCAACAGCAGAUUUUGUAAUUUUUCUUUCUGUUCUUUUUAUUUUCUCGUUAUGCUAUGGAAUGACGUAUAUGAAAGAAUUUGUGCUUCAAACCCGUUUUACUUUAUAAAUCAUGAAAGUAAAAGUAAACUGCCACUUGCAGUCAUAGCUCAAGUGGUCAAGUUUCGUUUAGAAACUA